AUGUUCGCGGCGAAUAUCCGCAUCGGUGUUUCCUCGUUGAGUGGCAAAUUACGCCUCUUCAAUCUGCGUCCUGGUGCAUUCGCCAAUUAUUACAAGAAACAUUUCGCGCGUCGUGACCAGGCUUCUCCCGCUGGCGGUUGCUUCAUGGACGCAUUUCGCGCGGCGUUAUAUCAUCUUGGCGACCCUGGUCUCGCAUCCACGGCCACUGAACUAUGGAUGAACUUCGAGCGUGAUCAUCCAGGCACUGUCGACGGAGUUUCUCGAGCUGAAGCUACGGAGUUCUUUCGAGUUCUUCAGCGCAACGAUUUUCCGUUGGAUUAUGACCUUCUCUUCCAGAGUCCACUUGAUGCUUCCUACACGGAUGUGAAGCGGUUCCAGUCUUUUGUCCAAUCACUGCGUGAGGGUGUGUAUCUCACGAGUGUUGGUGAUGGCCUCGUCGGACACUGCGUUGUUGUCCUCGCGAAGGGACCAGACGCUGCUGUCUCGGUACUGGAUGGAGUCGAACCGCCUCUGAAUCCGAAGCCUUUGACGAACUUGGAGUAUCUCGACAAAGUCAAAUGGAUGGGAUUGAUGAAGCUGAAUCCAGGGUACCGUUGCCGCCGCGGAAAACGCAAGUCCAGGCCAAAUCGAAAGAAAGCUCGCUGCGAGAAGAAGAAACAGCAGAAGUUGUAG